CAACACGCCGGUCUUUGGAUCAACGCUCAUCCUCCCGCAGUGGCUAUCAUCCUCUCUGGAUUUCACUCUCCCACUCCGUCACACCUCCCCCUCCCUUCCCUCCGCCUUUGCCUGGGACUCUUUCUUCCUCCUUCCCCUUCCCUUCUAAACUAAUCGCCACCCACCUACGCUUGCGGAUCACUGCCAACAUCUGAUCCUCGUGCUUCUUCCCUAUCUCAAUAGCUCCCGUUUAUCGCCCGUACCCCGCCGCCAUGUCGACCUCUGCCCGUCGUCGUCUCAUGCGCGACUUUAAGCGUAUGCAAACCGACCCGCCUGCUGGAGUUUCCGCAUCUCCCGUAGCGGAUAAUGUUAUGACAUGGAACGCCGUCAUCAUCGGUCCCGCUGAUACUCCCUUUGAAGAUGGCACGUUCCGCCUCGUCAUGCACUUUGAGGAGCAGUACCCAAACAAGCCCCCAGGCGUCAAGUUUAUCAGCCAGAUGUUCCACCCAAACGUCUACGGAACGGGCGAGCUUUGUCUGGACAUUUUGCAGAACCGUUGGAGCCCAACGUAUGACGUGGCAGCCAUCCUUACCAGUAUCCAAAGUCUGCUGAACGACCCCAACACAUCAUCUCCGGCGAAUGUAGAAGCCUCCAACCUUUACAAAGACAACCGAAAGGAGUACAUCAAGCGUGUGCGUGAGACGGUCGAGAAGAGCUGGGAGGACUAGGAUAGCAUGGACGUAGAGACGGUUGGUUUUGGUAUGGCACUCGGAUGAAGCAGACUUGCCCGUCUUCGGUGCGACGGAAGCUAACGGCAAGCUGCUGUGAUCGUUUCAUGCGUUUGUGGGGGGACUCGUAGCUUGGCCUGAUGGAGUCUCACACCAUUUGAUGACGUGCACAGCGUGGGGUUUUGGCGCCUGGUUCAUAUGAUUUUCGUUCGGUUCAGUGUAUAGCUGCAUCAUUUACGGUGUGAUUUUGCAUAAUGCAUAAAACUUUGUCGGGUUCUGAGUUGAAUCUUUGCUGCAUGUCACCUACUUAUCUCCUAGCUCCGGGAUAUCCAUUUGAACCCAUU